GUGCCCCUGCCUGGUGAGGCGCCCGCGGCGCGCGGACUCGCCUGGGGGAGGGGCCACAGCCACCCCUCCUUCGCCCCAGGCCGCCGCUGCCGCAGCUCAGUGGCGUCCGCCGCGCUCCCGGGACUCGCCGGCCCGCGGGAGAAAUGUUGCUGAAGUGCUGCUGAAAGGGCCAAAGAUGCAAGGAUUUGGGACACAUUUUGAACCUUUAAGCUGUCUGACAUUGACCUCCUUUCAUUAUUAAUAAAGAAGAAGCAGGAGCUUAGGAUGUAUUAACACCAACUCAUUAAUAUACUAACUGGACAAUGUUCUGCAACAAUUCUACAUUGUAAAGAACUGGAUUGGCUGAAAAUAAAAUAAUUUCAUAUUUUACUCAGCUUAUAAUAUGACUCGAUGGAGGAAAAUUUGAUAAGCAUGAGGGAAGACCAUUCUUUUCAUGUUCGUUACAGGGCAGCCAUGAUGCUAAGCAUGUUAUCUGACUCAUAGUGCACGUGUGAUGGAAUGUAUAUUGAACUUCAUUGGACAUAACUAUCAGUUGAACCUAAAUGGAAGCUUCUUGCCUAGAACUGGCCUUGGAAGGGGAACGUCUGUGUAAGUCAGGAGACUGCCGUGCUGGUGUGUCCUUCUUUGAAGCUGCAGUUCAAGUUGGAACUGAAGACCUAAAAACACUUAGUGCUAUUUACAGCCAGCUGGGCAAUGCUUAUUUCUAUUUGCAUGAUUAUGCCAAAGCAUUAGAAUACCACCAUCAUGAUUUAACUCUAGCAAGGACUAUUGGAGAUCAGCUGGGGGAAGCCAAAGCUAGCGGUAAUCUGGGAAACACCUUAAAAGUUCUUGGGAAUUUUGAUGAAGCUGUAGUUUGUUGUCAGCGACACCUAGAUAUUUCCAGAGAGCUUAAUGACAAGGUGGGAGAAGCAAGAGCACUUUACAAUCUUGGAAAUGUGUAUCAUGCCAAAGGGAAAAGCUUUGCCUGCCCUGGUCCUCAAGAUAUGGGAGAAUUUCCAGAAGACGUGAGAAAUGCUCUGCAGGCAGCUGUGGAUUAUUAUGAGGAAAACCUAUCACUAGUGACUGCUUUGGGUGACCGAGCAGCCCAAGGACGUGCCUUUGGAAAUCUUGGAAACACACAUUACCUCCUUGGCAACUUCAGGGAUGCGGUUAUAGCCCAUGAACAGCGUCUCCUUAUUGCAAAAGAAUUUGGAGAUAAAGCAGCUGAAAGAAGAGCAUAUAGCAACCUUGGAAAUGCAUAUAUAUUUCUUGGUGAAUUUGAAACUGCCUCUGAAUACUACAAAAAGACACUGCUAUUGGCUCGACAGCUUAAAGACAGAGCUGUAGAAGCACAGUCUUGCUAUAGUCUCGGAAAUACAUACACUUUGCUUCAAGACUAUGAAAAGGCUAUCGAUUAUCAUCUGAAGCACUUAGCAAUUGCUCAAGAGCUAAAUGAUAGAAUUGGUGAAGGAAGAGCAUGUUGGAGCUUAGGAAAUGCAUACACAGCUCUAGGGAAUCAUGAUCAAGCAAUGCAUUUUGCUGAAAAGCACUUGGAAAUUUCAAGAGAGGUUGGGGAUAGAAGUGGUGAACUAACAGCACGACUGAAUCUCUCAGAUCUUCAAAUGGUUCUUGGUCUGAGCUACAGCACAAAUAAUUCAAUAAUGUCUGAACAUAUUGAAAUUGAUAACAAUUUGCAUGGUGCACGCCCGAAGUUUGGACGCCGACACAGUAUGGAAAACAUGGAACUUAUGAAGUUAACACCAGAAAAGGUACAGAACUGGAACAGUGAAAUUCUUGCUAAACAAAAACCUCUUAUUGCCAAACCUUCUGCAAAGCUGCUCUUUGUCAACAGAUUGAAGGGGAAAAAAUGCAAAACUAAUUCCUCCACUAAAGUUCUCCAAGAUGCCAGUAAUUCCAUUGAUAAUCGAAUUCCAAAUUCUGAGAGGAAAAUCGGUGCAGGUAUUAUUGGAGACGAAGGGUUCUUUGACCUGGUAAGCCGAUUUCAGAGCAAUCGGAUGGAUGAUCAGAGGUGCUGCUUACAAGAACAGAGCUGCGGGACUGCUUCAGCUGCGGCUUCUUCCACUCCAUCUCGAGUGAUGAUGAAAGCACCGUCUGUUUCCGUGGUGUCCCCCAACACAGAUGAGUUUUUAGACCUUCUUGCCAGCUCACAGAGCCGUCGUCUCGAUGACCAAAGGGCCAGUUUCACUAAUUUGCCAGGGCUUCGUCUGACACAAAACAACAAUAAGUCCGUACUUGGCCACUUGAUGACUAAUGACAACAAAGAGCCUGAUGAAGACUUCUUUGACAUCCUUGUAAAAUGUCAAGGGUCCAGAUUAGAUGAUCAAAGAUGUGCUCCACCACCUGCCACCACAAAGGGACCAACAGUACCAGACGAGGACUUUUUUAGCCUGAUUCUACGUUCUCAGGCGAAAAGAAUGGAUGAACAGAGAGUUCUUUUACAAAGAGAUCAAAACAGAGAUGCUGAAUUUGGGCUGAAAGACAUUUUGCAAAGUAAUGCUUUGUUGGAAUUUAAAAAUACAGGAAAAAAAUAAACCACUAGUUAUUACGGAUAUAUUUUUUUUAAACGACCUUAUUUCCUUUCAGAACACUGCAGGGAAACUCUUUUUUUCCUUAAAAGGAGAAAUUAUAGCACUGUAAUACAGCUUAAAAUGUUUUUAGAAUGAUGUAAAUAUUUAACCUUUAAUAGUAUAGCAUUAAUUCACAUUUCUCUGGACACUCACUUGUUUCAGGGUGGAGGUGUCUUAUACAAGGUGCUUCAUCAACUUUUUUGAAUAAUGCUUGGGAUUGUGUUCUUUGGCAACUUUUUAGAUUCUUUUACGUAGUGUUUGUAAAGUGAUAAUUUUUUUUAACUCUUGAUGGCAUUUUUAAAAUACUGAACCGUGGAUAUAGUAAGAAAUUAGGCUGUUUAGUAAACAAUAACAUACUUGACCAAUGUGUAAAAAAGUUAUGUAGUCUUUAUUAAAAGAAUCUAGAUCUUUUUUCUGCUAAAAAUCCUAUUUUCAGUAUGUUAUUAGUUCAAACCCAUUAUAAAAACAACUCUAAGAAAUAAACUUUUAGCAUGUUCUGGACCCUUGAAUUUUAAAGUGUGUGUGGCUUAAAAUUAUAUCUUCUGUUGCAAAAUACUGUUUAAGACCUAAUAUCAAAAAACAAA